UGCUAACUACGUUUUUCGUGUGUGUGUUCUUAAAGAAGAUAAUUAAAAUUAAAUUAUUUAACUUAUUAUUAAGUUUAGUGUUUGCUUGUGUUGUGUUGCCACUGCGACUGUAUUGCGCGGCCAGCUGCUGUUGGUCUGCUACAUGAGUAUCGAAAUUGCAUUUGCUGUAAUCGCAUAGCAAGGAAAAGUGCGGGUGCCAGGAACAAAUAUGUUUUCAUACUGAUUAGCUUGCUCCAUGUCCAACUCCAAUUGGCAGCCGAAUUUUGUUGGGCAAACGUUUGUCGCGAAUGAGACCCAUGUGAAAUGCCUUAUGAAAAAUUCAACAAAAAGCGCCGACAAUGGGAGGAUAGUGGAGUAUUAGAGCUAAUUAAACUAUGGAAAGUAUGCGCCUAUGAAUUGCGCACAAUUAAACGAAAUGGACACCUUUAUGUGGCUAUGGCAAAGCAACUGACGGGUCUUGGCGUACCCGUUACUGCGCUGGAAGUACACUUUAAGGUGAAUAAUCUAACACAGCGUUAUAGACAGGAGCAAAAGACAUUUGAGACAACGGGCAUCAUCAGCACGUGGAAGUUCUACAGUCAAGUGGAUGAUGUGUUUAAGAGUUUGGCCGCACACACCGGUUACAAAGAUAAACGCAUGACGAGCUCCUCGAAUGCCAGCAGCUUACCUUCCACAUCCGAGUCACCAGUUUGGAAAAAUCCAAUGUCUCAACAAGAGUUCAACAGCAACAACGCGGAGGGGUUCUAUAAAACGGAGUACGGCAUGCAUCGCCACUUUAUGGACCACUCCCAGCCGCCGCCCAAUUCGGGCAAUGUGGACAAUUUUAUGGCCUCCUCGGCGGCGGUGGCAGCUGUGGCAGCUGCUGCAUCGGCGCGGUUGGCUGACAGCAACAUGGAGCAGCAAAUGCAGAAUGCGGCAGGCGCUAGUGGAGCCGGGCCAGGUGGGAAUACCAAUGGCGGUGUGCCCAACUACAAUAAAAUCAAAAAAUCCCACGAAGAUUAUGAUAAAUUCGUUGAUAUUGUGAAAAACAUUGUCGACACACACAAGAGCACACCGGAUAAGGUGGACACAUUUAGUGACUUUAUAAAAUCGUACAUGAAACGCUGGCCAGAAAGGCUGCAGGAUGAGGCGAUCAAUCACAUGACCAACUAUGUGAUUGUUAAGAACAUGGAGCAUAGCAUGGGCGGCGGCCCAGGUGGUGGCCUCCACAAUCCCGAGGGCGUCAACAAUAGGCAAUAACAAUACAAGCAGGAGCCCAACAAUUAAAACAAUUCAAUUGUUGGACGGCCGCCGUGGCGGUCGUAGUUAGCAGCUCCACGAUACUAAGAACUGGGGCGGGGGCGGAACUAACUUAAACCUGGCGCGCAGAUACUUAAAUAAAAAGAAGUAGUAGAUGGAGAUGAAAAACAGGAAUUAUAUCUGCAAACAAUUGAGGUUUGCUUAGGAUUAUAUUGUACACGUUUCAUGCAGUAUUUUUUGUAUAGUUAAAAUAUACAAUAAAGUUUUAAGUUUUAUGCAAAACAUUAUUUCACAGACUCUCGAAUUGAGUUCGAGUUCGACACACACACAUACACACACAACACACAACACACACGACACACCCAUACACACUCAUACACUUACACAUUAUAGAGUAUAGAGAGUACGAUGAAUAUGUAAUACGUUUAGAAAUCAUUUCCUACUGUUAGCUGUAAACUACAAAAUCUAAAUGAAUAAACGCUUUAAAAAUGA